AUGUUCAUCGGUCUGGCAUUACUUUGUGAUGACUACUUCAUUCCUUGUCUGGAGAGAAUUUGUAAAGUGUUGCACCUUCAGCCUGAUGUCGCUGGAGCAACGUUUAUGGCUGCUGGAAGUUCUGCUCCCGAGUUGACAACUACCUUGGUUGGAGUAUUUAAUGCAAAAGAUGAUAUCGGCCUUGGAGCUGUUGUGGGUUCUGCUGACUUCAACAUAAUGUUGGUUGUCAGUGUUAGUGCGCUAUUCGCAAAACAGGUGAUUUAUCUUAAUUGUUAUGAAUCAAGAAUACUUAUUAUUGUCUAUGGAUUAUAUGUAUUACUAAUGCACUAUAAUCCACGUAUUGAUGCAUUUUGGCGUGUUUGGUGUCGUGAACAUCCAACAUUUUGUCCACCUGCAAUCCAUGCAGAUUAA